UAUUAAAACAACAUUCACUGUUAUUGGCAGUGUGGUUGGUGUGGUGAUUUUCCUCAUUGCAGCUUGGAAGUUUGGAAAAGCUAUUAUAGAGACAUUUUUGGCUAUCAAGGCUAGCCGGAAAUACAUGUUCUUUAAGAGAAAUGGAGGCAUUUUGUUGGAGCAACAGUUGGCUGCUGUUGAGAAUGAGAUUGAGAAAACCAGAUUGUUUACUUCCGUUGAGUUGGCAAAGGCUACUGAUGACUACAAUGAGAAUCGAGUACUUGGUCGUGGUGGUGAAGGAGUUGUGUAUAAAGGGAUGUUAGAAGAUGGAAGAAUCGUGGCAGUGAAGAAAUCGGAGAAGGUGAACCAAGGUGACGUGGUAGACUUCAUUAACGAGGUUGUCAUUGUAUCACAAAUAAACCAUAGGAAUGUGGUCAAGUUGUUGGGGUGUUGUCUGGAAAGUGAAGUUCCUCGUCUUGUCUAUGAGUUCAUCCCCAAUGGCACACUUUUCUCUCACAUCCAUCAUCCGCACGAGGAUUUCCCAUUAUUCUGGGAAAUGCGGGUGAGAAUUGCCAAGCAAGUGGCCGGAGCUCUCGCCUACUUGCACUCUGCUGCAUCUGUUCCUAUCUAUCACCGUGAUAUCAAGUCAACCAACAUACUCUUGGAUGACAAAUAUCAAGCCAAAAUAUCAGAUUUUGGGACAUCAAGAUCAAUUUCUCUUGAUCAAACUCACGUGACUACCCGAGUGGUAGGCACGUUCGGGUACUUGGAUCCGGAGUACUUUCAGUCGAGCCAUUUCACUGAAAAGAGCGACGUAUACAGCUUUGGAGUGGUUCUGGUUGAGCUUCUGACGGGGGAGAAAGCUGUAUCGGCUGUGAGAGUUGAGGAAGGGAGGGGUCUGGCCAUGCAUUUCCUGCAUUCGAUGGAGCAAGAUCAGUUAUUUGACAUUGUUGAUGCGAGGGUGCUCAAAGAGGGCAAAAAGGAGGAAAUCGAGGCGAUGGCUGAAAUAGCUAAAAGAUGUCUGCAUUUGAAUGGGAAGGGCCGGCCAACGAUGAAAGAAGUUUCACACCACUUGGAAGGAAUCAAAAUAGAGAUUCCUGAAAACCAGAUACAAAGCAGUGGCUGUGAUCCUAUUGAAGAUGUUGACUCUGAUGGCCUCUCUUCCAUCUCAGAAGCCGUUGAAUCUUCAUCGUCUGAUGAUGUGGUUGGUGGGCUGAUUUUGCUCACUGCAGCUUGGAAAUUUGGCAAAGCUAUUACAGAGACAGUUAAGGCUAUCAAGGCUAGCCGAAAACACAUGUUUUUUAAGAGAAAUGGAGGCAUUUUGUUGGAGCAACAGUUGGCUGCUCUUGAGAAUGACAUUGAGAAAACCAGAUUGUUUACUUCCGUUGAGUUGGCAAAGGCUACUAAUGACUACAAUGAGAAUCGAGUACUUGGCCGUGGUGGUGAAGGCGUUGUGUAUAAAGGGAUGUUGGAGAAUGGAAGAAUCGUGGCUGUGAAGAAGUCGGAGAGGGUGAACCAAGGUGAUGUGGUAGACUUCAUUAAUGAGGUUGUGAUUGUAUCACAGAUAAACCAUAGGAAUGUGGUCAAGCUGUUGGGAUGUUGUCUGGAAAGUGAAGUUCCACGUCUUGUCUAUGAGUUCAUCCCCAACGACACUCUAUUCUCUCAUAUCCAUCAUCUGCACGAGGAUUUCCCCUUAUUCUGGGAAAUGCGGGUGAGAAUUGCCAAGCAAGUGGCCGGAGCUCUCGCCUACUUGCACUCUGCUGCAUCUGUUCCUAUCCAUCACCGUGACAUCAAGUCAACCAACAUACUCUUGGAUGACAAAUAUCAAGCCAAAAUAUCAGAUUUUGGGACAUCAAGAUCAAUUUCUCUUGAUCAAACUCACGUGACUACACGAGUGGUAGGAACGUUUGGGUACUUGGAUCCGGAGUACUUCCAAUCGAGCCAGUUCACAGAAAAGAGCGAUGUUUACAGCUUUGGAGUGGUGCUGGUUGAGCUUCUGACGGGGGAGAAAGCUGUAUCGGCAGUUAGAGUUGAGGAAGGAAGGGGUCUGGCCAUGCAUUUCCUGCAUUCCAUGGAGCAAGGCCAGUUAUUCGACAUUGUUGAUGCAAGAUAUGGUUUGGAGGAUUUACCUCUUGUGAUUGCUGAGUGA